UCAUGUCUUAAUCCUAACUAUGUGUGUCUGAAAUGGCACCCUAUUCCCUUCAAAGUUAACUUAUUCUGACCAUAUUGGGAAUAGGGUGCCAUUUGAGACUACAGAGUAGGAGUGUAAUACCCAGCAGCUGCUGCUGUCCAUCUCCUCACAGGGUAAAUAACAGACCCAUCUAACUCACGCAGCGCAGUCAGCUAGCAGGCAGACACUGAACAACAGACCAGACCUAUCUAACUCACGCAGCGCAGUCAGCUAGCAGACAGACACUGAACAACAGACCAGACCUAUCUAACUCACGCAGCGCAGUCAGCUAGCAGACAGACACAUUAGGACUGAACAACAGACCAGACCUAUCUCAACACACACAGCGCAGUCAGCUAGCAGACAGACACUGAACAACAGACCAGACCUAUCUAACUCACGCAGUGCAGUCAGCUAGCAGACAGACACAUUAGGACUGAACAACAGACCAGACCUAUCUAACUCACGCAGUGCAGUCAGCUAGCAGACAGACACAUUAGGACUGAACAACAGACCAGACCCAUCUAACUAAUGCCGCGCAGCGCUGUCAGCUAGCAUGGCAGGGACAGAGACUAAGCCUGAUAAUACCAGACAUUCAGGGGAUACUACGACCUGAACAACAGACACACUUCUUCUCAGGAGAAACUACAGCCUGAACAACAGACAGGCACAUUAGGACUUCUUCUAAACCACACAUGGGACUGUAAAUACUUGAUCCGGUCCAGACGAAACAGAACUGAAUCAGAAUGAAGCUCAUCAAGCACAUUCCACUGCUACAGAUCCUGUUCCUUUCACAGAUUGUGGCGAGUGUCGGACUGCAGAGAGCUCCUCGCAUCACAACCCUGCUGGAGACCUUGGACAUCCUGUUGGAUCACAACGCCACGUUCAUCUGUGAAGUUGACUCCCGACCAUCAGCUGAUGUCACGUGGACACGGAACAACCACCCAAUCCCAUACUAUGACUCCCGCUACACGAUCAGGGAGAAUGGCCAGAUGCUAUUGAUCCCCAACGUCAAAGAGUCGGAUAACGGGGAGUACUGCUGUGUUGCUAACAACGGCAUCGGAGAGCCGGCCAAGAGCUGUGGAGCCCUGCAGCUUAAAAUGAAGCCUCAGAUAAAAAGACACCCCACCAACAUGACGCUACUGAUUGAGUCCAAGGCCGUGUUGCCCUGUGUGACGCUAGGAAACCCCAAACCAGACAUCUCCUGGAUCAAAGAUGAUGCUCUUAUGACGGUGAGUGAUCGGAUCACGAUUCUGGAUUAUGGCACUCUGAAGAUCCAUAACAUCAAGAAGGAAGAUGCGGGGCAGUACCGCUGUGUGGCCAAGAACAGCUUCGGGAUCGCCUUCUCCAAACCAGUCACCAUAGAAGUACAGGCCCCAGCCCGGAUCCUCAGGGUCCCUAAGGAUAAGAGAGUGACCUUCGGUAGCGAGGUCUCUCUGGAAUGUAACGCCACUGGAAACCCUAUCCCCGCCAUCACAUGGUUGGAGAACGGGAAUACCGUUCCGGGUGGCUCUGUGGAGGAGACGUUAGCAGGAGAGGUGAUUCUGUCUGUGCUACACAUCACGGUGACUAAACCUGCUCGCUACACAUGUCUAGCCUCCAACAGACACAGCGCUGGGGCCAAGUCCGCCAAAUCUUCAGCCGGAGUCACUGUCCAAGAGUGGAGGCUGUAUAAAGGCAGUGGGGGUUAUUGUGGUGCGUACCGUGGUAAUGUGUGUCGGGACAUGUUAAGGAGCGAUGCCCUGGUCUUCUUUAACUCCUCCCUCAACGACCCCGAGGACACACAGGAGUUCAUGGUUCAGAGCGCCUGGGCUGAUCUCGACAGACUGGGUAUGCUCUGUAGCCCUGCCGCCCACUCCCUGCUCUGUCAUCUCUCCUUCCAGGACUGCAUCCCUUCUGGCCUGGGACCUGUUCCUAAACCAAUCUGCAGGGAGCACUGUCUGGCGGUGAAGGAGCUCUACUGUCGUAAGGAGUGGCCCCUGAUGGUAGGGAACUCCCAUAAAGGCCAGUACUCCUCUGGCUCCUCCGGCCUCUCUAUCCCCAUGCCUGACUGUAUGGCUCUGCCCUCACAACACACAACACCAGGAGCCUGCACACCCAUCCCCUUUGUCGAUAUAAAGAAAGAUCAAGUCACAACAACGUGUUACAAUGACAAAGGAAGGUUCUACCAAGGACCAGUCAACAUCACCGGCUCUGGUAUCCCCUGUCAGAAGUGGAGCCAACAGGGUCCCCACCUGCACCGUCUCAGUGUGGAUGUAUUAUCAGAGCUGAGGAACGCACAGAGCUCGUGCCGGAACCCCGGAGGAGAAAAUGAGAAGCCCUGGUGUUAUACAACCAACCCCAACAUCCGCUGGGAAUACUGCAACAUUCCCAAAUGUGGAGAAGUGGUAGUGAAGACGGAGUCAUCGUUCCCUCGCCAGAAUCCUCCCCUCCUCCCUCCCUCCGUCUCUCCGGCCUACUCCAUGAUCAUCAUCAUCUGUCUACUAGCAGCCUUCGCAGCCAUAGCGUUCCUCAUCGUCAUCAUGUGCAAGAGGAGGAGGAAGACAUGGAAGAACCACAAGAAAGCCAUGGAGACCCCCACCCUGACUGCCUUACCCUCUGAGAGUCUGCUGCUGGAUCGCCUCCACCCCAACCCCAUGUACCAGCGCCUGCCCCUACUGCUUAACUCCAAGCUGCUGGCUCUAGAGUAUCCCAGGAACAACAUUGAGUAUGUCAGGGACAUCGGAGAGGGGGCCUUCGGACGGGUCUUCCAGGCCAGAGCCCCAGGUCUCCAGCCCAUUAAGCCCUUCACCAUGGUAGCAGUGAAGAUGCUGAAGGAAGAAGCAUCUGCUGACAUGCAGAACGACUUUCAGAGAGAAGCCACUCUCAUGGCUGAGUUUGACCACCCCAACAUCGUCAGGCUGCUAGGUGUGUGUGCGGUGGGGAAGCCCAUGUGUCUGAUGUUUGAGUACAUGUCUUACGGAGACCUGAACGAGUACCUGCGCCGCCGUAGUCCCACCCAGCAACACAGCCUGAGCCAGGCCAGCCUAUCAGGACGCAGCUUCUCCUCCGAACUGGAGUUGGGGCCACUGUGCUGCGAAGAACAGCUGUUCAUAUCCAAGCAGGUUGCGGCGGGCAUGGCAUACCUAUCGGAACGGAAGUUCGUCCACCGCGACCUGGCCACCCGGAACUGCCUCGUAGGAGAGGAGAUGGUGGUUAAGAUCGCCGACUUCGGUUUAUCCAGAAACAUCUACUCUGCUGACUACUACAAGGCCAAUGAGAACGAUGCUAUCCCCAUCCGUUGGAUGCCCCCGGAGUCCAUCUUCUACAACCGUUACACCACGGAGUCGGACGUGUGGGCCUACGGGGUCCUUCUCUGGGAGAUCUUCUCCCACGGCAUGCAGCCGUACUACGGCAUGGCCCAUGAAGAGGUCAUCUACUACGUUAGAGACGGCCACAUCUUGGCCUGCCCUGAGAACUGUCCAGUAGAACUGUUCAAUCUGAUGAGACUGUGUUGGAGCGGACACCCCACAGACAGACCCAGCUUCAGUAGUAUCCAUCGUAUCCUGGAACGGAUUCACGAGCAGACGCUGAGACCGGCCAUGCCGACGCCAGAGUUAAGGCCCACUCUAUCCACCCUGCCAACCUUGCCUGCCUUGCCUAACCUAUCUCCCUUUUCCCCCCACCCUGCCCUGUGCCCUGUGCCCGGGGCCGUAGCCAAUUGAUUGAUACGGCAAGCUGCCAGGCAUUUACUCAAAUGUACAGUCAUUAGUGAUUUUAAUAGAUCCUGUCCCUCCCCAGAGCAAAAAUCUCUGGAUCCUGUGUCGUCUCAGACUCAAAUAAUGUUGGUCAGGACAGGGGGCAUCAUUGUUCAUAUCCAUUGUUCAUAUCCAUGGUGAAGAAGACCAGCGAUAGUAGAAAUGAAUGUUGUUGGUCAGGACAGGGGCAUCAGACUGAUGAAAUGACAUGAACUAAGUAUAGUGCCAAGACAACUGGAUAUUUAGGAGAGGCUGAUAUCGGAGAGGUUACAAGCUGUUAAUCCUUCACUGCUUCUCCUCAAACUGACAUCUGCUUCACUGGUUCACUUCUGUUUCAAACUGAUUCACUGCUUCACUGGUUCACUUCUGUUUCAAACUGAUUCACUGCUUCAAACUGGUUCACUUCUGUUCCAAACUGAUUCACUGCUUCACUGGUUCACUUCUGUUUCAAACUGAUUCACUGCUUCAAACUGGUUCACUUCUGUUCCAAACUGAUUCACUGCUUCACUGGUUCACUUCUGUUCCAAACUGAUUCACUGCUUCAAACUGGUUCACUUCUGUUUCAAACCGAUUCACUGCUUCAAACUGGUUCACUUCUGUUCCAAACUGAUUCACUGCUUCAAACUGGUUCACUUCUGUUCCAAACUGAUUCACUGCUUCACUGGUUCACUUCUGUUUCAAACUGAUUCACUGCUUCAAACUGGUUCACUUCUGUUCCAAACUGACAUCUGCUUCACUGGUUCACUUCUGUUUCAAACUGACAUCCGCUUCACUGGUUCACUUCUGUUUCAAACUGACAUCUGCUUCACUGGUUCACUUCUGUUUCAAACUGACAUCUGCUUCACUGGUUCACUUCUGUUUCAAACUGACAUCUGCUUCACUGGUUCACUUCUGUUUCAAACUGAUUCACUGCUUCAAACUGGUUCACUUCUGUUUCAAACUGAUUCACUGCUUCACUGGUUCACUUCUGUUUCAAACUGAUUCACUGCUUCAAACUGGUUCACUUCUGUUUCAAACUGACAUCUGCUUCACUGGUUCACUUCUGUUUCAAACUGAUUCACUGCUUCACACUGGUUUACUUCUGUUUCAAACUGACAUCUGCUUCACUGGUUCACUUCUGUUUCAAACUGACAUCUGCUUCACUGGUUCACUUCUGUUUCAAACUGACAUCUGCUUCACUGGUUCACUUCUGUUUCAAACUGAUUCACUGCUUCAAACUGGUUCACUUCUGUUCCAAACUGAUUCACUGCUUCAAACUGGUUCACUUCUGUUCCAAACUGAUUCACUGCUUCAAACUGGUUCACUUCUGUUCCAAACUGAUUCACUGCUUCAAACUGGUUCACUUCUGUUCCAAACUAAUUCACUGCUUCACCUCUCCCAUGCCUGGAAACAAUAUUUUAGAAACAAUCACCCGAUAAAGUCCAAGAAACAGAGCUGCAGCUGAACAGAGACCGUGUUAUUAAUCCACAUGGAACAAGAGACAGAGCUGCAGCUGAACAGAGAACGUGUUAUUAAUCCACAUGGAACAAGAGACAGAGCUGCAGCUGAACAGAGAACGUGUUAUUAAUCCACAUGGAACAAGAGACAGAGCUGCAGAUGAACAGAGACCGUGUUAUUAAUCCACAUGGAACAAGAGACAGAGCUGCAGAUGAACAGAGAACGUGUUAUUAAUCCACAUGGAACAAGAGACAGAGCUGCAGAUGAACAGAGAACGUGUUAUUAAUCCACAUGGAACAAGAGACAGAGCUUCAGAUGAACAGAGACCGUGUUAAUCCACAUGUAACUCAUUGCCCACACUCUAUAUAAACGUGAAUGCUUCUACUGUAAAGUAAGCCAUGGGAAUAUGCAUCCAUUCAGCUGCCACUCUGUGAGCUCAAAGCUGACUAGAAGGGUAUCAUUAGAGGCGGAUGACAGAGGUUAGAGAGCUAAUGUACAGAUAGUACAGUCAAUUCAUACAGUACUUAAUUAGUACAGUCAAUUCAUUCAGUACUUAACUAGUACAGUCAAUUCAUACAGUACUUAACUAGUACAGUCAAUUCAUUCAGUACUUAACUAGUACAGUCAAUUCAUACAGUACUUAACUAGUACAGUCAAUUCAUUCAGUACUUAACUAGUACAGUCAAUUCAUUCAGUACUUAACUAGUACAGUCAAUUCAUUCAAUACUUAACUAGUACAGUCAAUUCAUUCAGUACUUAACUAGUAGAGUCAAUUCAUUCAGUACAUAACUAGUACAGUCAAUUCAUUCAGUACUUAACUAGUACAGUCAAUUCAUUCAGUACUUAACUAGUAGAGUCAAUUCAUUCAGUACAUAACUAGUACAGUCAAUUCAAUCAGUACUUAACUAGUACAGUCAAUUCAUUCAGUACUUAACUAGUAGAGUCAAUUCAUUCAGUACUUAACUAGUACAGUCAAUUCAUUCAGUACUUCACUAGUACAGUCAAUUCAUUCAGUACUUAACUAGUAAAGUCAAUUCAUUCAGUACUUCACUAGUACAUCAUUUAAACAUACUGACAAUAUGCCAUCAAAUAGGCUCAGCAUAUUCCAGCAGCGAUAUUUAUAUAUAUAUAUAUGUACUGUAGGUUUAGCUUAUUUUUUAGACAAAUAGCUAUUCCACUUUUGGGCAUUCUCAUUAUGUUGUACUAUUGGUCCUUUUUUAAUCUUGUGUACUUUAUCGACACAUUUAGAUCAACACAGUCAACACAGCUUUCUGUGUUGACUGGGUAGUGGUCCCUCUAGGUUAACAACGGUCAGUUUGAAAUGCAUUGCAACAAAUGUCUUCUAAUAAGCUGUUUGAAUUCUUAUGUGAAUUUCUGGCGAUUUGUUGGGCGCUGUGUUGGUUGUGGUGUUGAGUUGGAUAUUGGUUUGUGAAGAGUGUCAAUUAUUAUUUUAAGUUAAAUUAAAAGUGUGUGAUCAUCAGCACAACAUUUGAUUUAUAUAUAUGAUCAAUUAACUAAAAUGUUUUAAACCCCUUGUGACCUUUUUAAAAUGUGUGGUUCGAUA